CUCUGCAGUACAAGAAUGUGUCAGCCCUGCCUUACUCCCAAUAUCGGCAAGCCUUCUAGCACUUUCCAAUAUGUCGUUAGGUCUAGAAUGGAUGUAUAAUCCAUGCCUCGGUUGUGACACCCAGACAGAGGGAGCAGCUUACUGCUCUGAUUCCUGUCGGCUGUCAGAAUACGAGAAGACGCUGGCGUCGAUUCACUGUUCGAGCUCGCCUUCUAUGCGGAUCACAUCGUCAUCCUCGACAUCGCCAGCCCAAGAAGUCGGGGCUUCGGUCAAAGCAGAGAAGGAAUUGAGAGCGUACAAUAUGUCAUUGGACCAGUCGAAGAUGCGGAGAGGGCAUCGGAGUGAAAGCCGAAAUAUCUCCACUCUAUUCACAUUUCGGCUCAAGGGGCGGGAAUAGGGGCUACAUCAUCAUCUACACUGACACUACCAUAUGGUGAUAUCUCCCCAGGGACGCGCUCGUUGAGGUAUUUUGCGCUCAAAAACACAAAAGAGACAGGGAGUGGUUGAGAAUAUCACAGAACAAGAACAGCAGUUUAUUUUCUUGGAAACACUGCAUACACUGAAGCCAAUGUCAAAGAAAUGUUAUGUAUUCUAGUACCUUAUCCCCUUUGAACUAAGGCUCUCU